UAAUAAUAAUAAUAAUAGGAAGGUUCCCCCCCCUCCGCCACCCCCGUUUUUGUCCCCCUGGAAGGAGGGGGUGGAGAGCAGCGCGGCGAGGCUGCCGGCGGCACAUCGAUGUGCGGCCGGUGAGGCGGCGCGGCCGGACCCAGCUCCCCGCCGGCGCCGCGGCCGCGGCCGGCAGGACGGGCUCAGCCUCCCCGCGGAGAGGCCAGGGAGAAGGAGGCUGUGAGGGCUGCUGAAGAUGUCCGAUAGUCUGGAUAUUGAAGAGAAACCUCCAGCCCCACCGUUGAGAAUGAACAGCAACAACCGCGACUCUUCAGCACUGAACCACAGCUCGAAACCGCUUCCCAUGGCCCCCGAGGAGAAGAACAAGAAAGCCAGGCUGCGCUCCAUCUUUCCAGGAGGAGGGGAUAAAACCAACAAGAAGAAAGAAAAAGAACGUCCUGAGAUCUCUCUUCCUUCAGACUUUGAACAUACCAUUCAUGUGGGAUUUGAUGCCGUCACUGGAGAAUUCACACCAGAUCUCUAUGGCUCACAGAUGUGCCCAGGGAAGCUCCCAGAGGGCAUUCCAGAGCAGUGGGCCAGGCUACUACAGACCUCCAACAUAACAAAACUGGAGCAGAAGAAGAACCCACAGGCUGUUCUAGAUGUUCUCAAAUUUUAUGAUUCCAAAGAAACAGUUAACAACCAGAAAUACAUGAGCUUUACGUCAGGAGAUAAAAGCGCCCAUGGAUACAUAGAAGCCCAUCCUUCGAGCACAAAAACAGCAUCAGAACCUCCUCUGGCUCCCUCUGUGUCUGAAGAAGAGGAUGAAGAUGAUGAAGAGGAAGAAGAUGACAAUGAACCUCCACCUGUUAUCGCCCCACGGCCUGAACAUACAAAAUCAAUCUACACACGCUCUGUCAUUGAACCUGCCGCUGCACCAGCACCAGCUAAAGAAGCCACCACUCCCCAACCUGAAAACUCAAACACAAACACUCUGUACAGAAACACAGACCGGCAGCGGAAAAAAUCCAAGAUGACAGAUGAGGAGAUCCUAGAGAAACUGAGGAGCAUUGUGAGCGUGGGAGAUCCUAAAAAGAAGUAUACUCGAUUUGAAAAAAUUGGCCAAGGGGCUUCAGGAACUGUUUAUACGGCCAUUGACAUCGCCACAGGACAAGAGGUGGCCAUAAAGCAAAUGAAUCUCCAACAGCAGCCCAAAAAGGAACUAAUUAUCAAUGAAAUCCUGGUCAUGAGGGAAAAUAAGAAUCCUAAUAUUGUUAACUACUUAGACAGCUACCUUGUGGGUGAUGAGCUGUGGGUGGUGAUGGAGUACUUGGCUGGAGGCUCUUUGACCGACGUUGUCACCGAGACGUGUAUGGAUGAAGGACAGAUAGCUGCUGUCUGUCGGGAGUGCCUGCAAGCCCUGGAUUUCCUUCAUUCCAACCAAGUGAUUCACAGAGACAUCAAAAGUGACAAUAUUCUUCUUGGGAUGGAUGGAUCUGUCAAAUUGACUGAUUUUGGCUUCUGUGCUCAGAUCACCCCAGAGCAGAGUAAACGGAGCACAAUGGUGGGGACUCCUUACUGGAUGGCACCAGAAGUUGUAACAAGAAAAGCAUACGGCCCCAAGGUGGACAUCUGGUCACUUGGGAUCAUGGCAAUAGAAAUGGUGGAAGGAGAACCUCCCUACCUUAAUGAAAAUCCUCUCAGGGUAAGGUGA